UAUUCUGUAGUUUCCGUUUUGGCCUAGUUUCCGGAACGGAGCUGUUGCCGCUAGAUCUGCGAGAUGACUACUAUGUUCGCUGAUACUAUCCUUAUUGUUUUCAUUUCGGUCUGCACCGCUUUAUUAGCGGAGGGCAUAACAUGGGUUCUGGUGUAUAGAACAGAUAAGUAUAAAAGACUGAAAGCAGAAGUGGAGAAACAGAGUAAAAAGUUGGAAAAAAAGAAGGAAACAAUAACAGAAUCAGCAGGCCGACAGCAGAAAAAGAAAAUAGAGAGGCAAGAAGAGAAACUGAAGAACAACAAUAGAGAUCUGUCAAUGGUUCGCAUGAAGUCCAUGUUUGCCAUUGGUUUUUGUUUCACUGCUCUGAUGGGAAUGUUUAAUUCCAUAUUUGAUGGAAGAGUGGUUGCAAAGCUCCCAUUCAUACCACUUUCUUACAUUCAGGGGUUGUCUCAUCGUAAUCUUCUGGGUGAAGAUUGCACAGAUUGUUCCUUCAUCUUUCUCUAUAUUCUCUGCACCAUGUCUAUUCGGCAGAAUAUUCAGAAGCUGUUGGGUCUGGCUCCUUCCCGAGCUGCCACCAAGCAGGCUGGAGGAUUCCUUGGCCCCCCACCUCAAGCUGGGAAGUUCUCCUGAAAUAAGAAAAAUAAUUUUAUCUCUCUUGCCAACGAAAAUAUUUUAGAAAUAUUCAGAUUUUAUAGAAAAGUUUCUAAAAAUAUUUGGAUACCCAAGAUAUCCAGUAACAUAUGUGUUUUGUGAAUUGAACCAAGUUGAACAAAUAUCUUAGAUUGACUCUCAGUUUCCAGGAUGGAGAGAAGGUACUUUCAUAAAGAUCUUAAAGUCUGGAAAAACUUAUAAGAAUACAUAUUGAAAUUAAAGAUGGUGCAGGGAUUCAUAUAAAGUUGGGUCUUUUUUAAAGACAUGAUUCCACAUGUAUUGAUAAACAAAGAAGAAUUUCCAUUAUCCUUCACUAUUUAAUUUGUCUUCCCUCUUGCUGCAAUUUUUCAAAUGUUAAUUUAGUCCAACAUUAACUGGAUUUCUCUAGGAAUUUAUAAAAAAGAUUAUACAUUGUCAUUCAGUAUUUGAUAUUAAUGGAUAAUGGAGACUCCAUUAAAUUAUGACAGAAAAUUUGCCAUGAGACACUUAAUCUACAUUAAUUAUUUUUAUUUAUAGAAAUAAUUAAAAAUUUUCAUCACAGCA